GAAGAAGAAGUGGUGAAUUACCCCAGCGACUUUCUUCCGAGAGAGGAGCUGCGGCGAGGGACCCGCCGGGCUCCCCCGGGGCUGCGCGGUGCGGAGGGCGAAUGCGUCUCCGCAGCGAGAUGCAAAAAGCCUUCUCCGCUCGCUUUUGACUUGCGAUGCCGGUUCCUCACUAGAAUGCAAAGCAUUGCACAGGAUGAAAACAGGUUGGUUGCAAAUUCGCCUGGAAACGUUGCGUUCCCCACCGCUGCCACCUUCCUGCUGGAGGCGUCGGAGAUCCUGGCGAUGGCACUGGUGGCAGGUCAAUCCUCCAGAAUGCCAGAGGAAAGUUCACCAAAGCGGAGUCCUCAAAACAUCCCAUACAAGGACCUGCCCCAUAUCAUCAACGCUGAUGGGCAGUAUCUGUUCUGCAGGUACUGGAAGCCAGCAGCAACUCCCAGGGCCCUCGUGUUUAUCGCUCAUGGCGCUGGGGAACACUGCGGCCGCUAUGAUGACUUGGCCCAGAGGCUGACAGAACUUAACUUGUUUGUUUUUGCCCAUGACCAUGUUGGCCACGGGCAGAGCGAGGGUGAUCGUAUGGUUGUCUCAGAUUUCCACAUCUUCAUCAGGGACAGCUUGCAGCACAUUGAUCUCAUGAAGAAAGAGCACCCUGAGCUGCCCAUUCUCAUUCUGGGGCACUCCAUGGGGGGAGCCAUCUCCAUUCUGACAGCUAGCGAGAGACCCAGCGAGUUUUUAGGCAUGCUGUUGAUCUCUCCUUUAGUGGUAGCCAGCCCAGAAGUCGCCACUCCCAUCAAGGUUUUUGCAGCGAAAGUGCUCAACUUUGUUCUCCCAAACUUGUCACUGGGAUCGAUAGAUCCAAAUGCAAUUUCCCGGAACAAGAAGGAGAUGGAGUCUUACACGUCUGAUCCCUUGGUGUACCACGGUGGCAUGAAGGUCUCCUUCGUCAUCCAGCUGAUGAAUGCCAUUGCCAGAAUUGAGCGAGCUCUGCCCAAGCUGACUUUGCCCAUCCUGGUGCUACACGGCUCUUCUGACAAGCUCUGUGAUAUCAAAGGGUCCUAUUUACUGAUGGACACAGUGCAGAGUCAGGACAAAACGCUCAAGGUGUAUGAGGAAGCCUAUCAUGCCCUCCACAAAGAGCUGCCUGAGGUCACUACCUCUGUUUUCAUGGAAAUAAUAACAUGGAUUGGCCAAAAGCUCUCAGCCGCUGGGGAAACCAGCCAUACUUAAGAGCAAUUGGUUUUGCAGCUCUUAUUGGGGUUUUCUGGGAAUAGAUGCUUUUCUUAAUAGAAGUCUCUCUGAAAAAGAUCUAAUGUGGAGGGACUCUUGGGAUAUUUUAUCAUGCACAGCGUAAGGGAGGGUGGGGGGAGAGGCAGAGGUUUAGGGCAAUAUUUGCUGAUAUAAAUGGCCAUGGCCCUGAUCUGGGAAUGAAAUGAUGAUAGCUGUGGGAGCAGCUGCCAAAGCUUUCCGGGUCGGGCGAUUUUACUGAAAUGCCCUUCACCCACCAAACUUCCCCCAUCGUUUCCCCGUCUCUGCUUUUGCUGAGGUUACAGGGGUGUAUUUAUACUGCAAUAAUUUUUGCUAUGUUAAAGAAGUCAGUAUCUUCCGCAUCAUGGUUUUGAUUCCAGGUGCAGACAGUCCCUAUCGUCCAGUACCUUAAAAGCCCUGGUCCUUGAGAGGAGAGCAGUAAUGAAGGUGCUGGCUAAUGAGAAGCUAAAAAUGGAGCUGACGGCUCCCUGAAGGUGAAGGGCUGGUUUGCAAGGUCAGACCCCUUUGGAUACUGCCGUCAUAAGCCAGCCAGGGGAGAGCAUAAACACAACCUCCUGUCACCGCCCUGAAUGCCCUCUGUGCGUUUGCACUCAGGGAAAGCAUGUUGAACAGCUCUUGAAUUUUCAUCAUCAGAGCAGGAUCCUGGAGGGGAGAAGAGGAAUGUGGAAUCAAACCCACUUAGCACAUUCAAAUCCCAUGCUUUUCCCAAUGCCAAACCCUGUCUCCUCUGCAAAUAUUCUGUAAAUAUUCCUGGGGGGCUGCUUUUUUUUGUUCUUUCCUUUUUUUUUUUUUCCAUUUUCUUUUCUUUUGGAAUGAAUCAUUUGCGCUACUGAAACUGAAAAGGCAAAAAUCAAAGUUAUAAGAGAAUAUAGUAAUAUAUUAUAUGAUGUAUAUGGAGGUGGAUGGGAGCUGGGGCAGAGAUGGAGGGAGAGUCUAAAGAAGGGGUUAAGUGUUCCUUCUCUUGGCAUGGAAUAAUGUUGUCCUACUAGGAUCCAGUCCUCUCACCGUAACUUUACAGUCAUAAUCUGUUGUUUUGCUUCAUCAGUUGGAAAAAUAUCCUGAAAAUAGUGCUAGAGAGAGGCGCAGAGCAUCUGGUGGGUGGGGGUUAGCAGUGGGUGUCCUCAUGGUCCACUGGUUUAGCAGGAGACCCACAGCAUGAACAGAGAUCCCAUCCAAGCUUGUCCCAAUCUCCUUGUAGUCAGCACAGCCACUCCUGGGGCAGAGCAGAGAGCAGGGGGCCCGAGCUCACCCCUUCAAAUCACGUGAGGAACUGAAGGCAGAAUAUAGGGUGCAAUUAUCCAUCCAGCAUCUGCCUUUCUGCAGUGAUACACCAGUGCUCCUGGAUGCCUCAAGCUGCCAUGGAGGAGCUUGUGAACCGGUCCAUUGGUGCAGACAAGCUAAAUCCUAGAGUUACCUGGGUCUCUGGUAGCAGCAGGGCUAGAGGAAAGGUUUAAGACCCAGUUAUGGUGCAAAGGCAUUGUGCUGGUGUAGCAAAAACUGCAUAGUAAUUACAGAGUGUCUGUGCAGCUCAAUUUGUCCAGGGUGAUGGCCCUAAUUCUGAAUACACUUUUCGGCGCCAGCCAAAGGAAAAGGGUUUAACCCGCCCCUCUCCCUCUAAUUUUGCAAGAAGAAAAUGCGAAUGUUGCACAAUGAGAGUGGGGCAUUGCCCCCAGUGACGAAGCAGCCCCCUUAUGGCCUUUGCUGACUGCAGUGGGAACCAUCGCUGCAUCUCAUGCCACUGCCCCCAGGGCUGGAUCCCACUCACAGCAGGCAGAGGGGGGUCACCCAUGGCCCCUCCCACGAAGCUAGUUCUGGCGAGAUUCAGGAAAGGGACCUUUGUGCAAUAACAGUCAGAAUUGUGUCUUGAUCCCAUUUGGUCCCAGCAGUGUGAAUGGAUGAAGGAUGUGUGGAUGCAGGUUACGUCCUUGGAAUGGCCCUAAGGGACCCAAACCAAGAAAGCUCUUUUGUACAGGUUGAUUCAGGCACUUUGAUACCUGUAUUUUCUUUCCUCUAAGAGAGGAGCGAGCUGUAGUUCUCCCAGCAACACCAGCUUUUGAUUCCUUAUUCCAGUGCAAUCAGCUAUUCCCACAACUCCCUGCUAAACCUCUGGUGACCCUUGCUUGGGGAAGGAGGCGAUGCACAGGGCGUCUGCUCCAGAUCUUUCAGCAGCCUGGCUUGCUGCUACUGCUUUUUCCCCAAGCAAGAUCCCUCCUUGGCAGACGCUGCUGGGGAAAGACAGCAAGAAGAGAAGCACUAUAGCAGUGAGAAACCUCACCUGCUGCUUCAGCUGGAAGGGGAAUCAAGUAGGCGUGAUCCAGUGGUGACAGACGUUGUGGGGGUAGUAGCAAGAUGACAACUUAAGGAUGGGAUUUUUGAAAGCACUUUUCCCAAGGAAGUCAGGAGGAGCCAAUCAAUACCCACAUUCUUUACCUUGCUUCCCAAACUGACAAGCACUUUGUGGAGGGGAAGGGAACUGAUCCUCCAGCAGGAAGGUCAGAGCUCGUCUGCUCCCUCCAACCUGGCUUAAGGCAGAGGAAGGUCCGUGGUCAGUGCCUUUGAUUAAAUGUGUCCUUUCACCCAAGAAACAUCUGCAGCUCAGCAGAAAUAAAAGGAAACCAAUUCCAUUGAGUUGAGGAAAGCUUGUCCCUCAGUCUAGCUGAGCUCAGCAGUGGCAGGUGGCCUGGGGAACCUGUGUUUGAAAAACCAUAUUAACAAACGCAAUGUUGAAAGACCAACAACAGCACCAAAAAAAGCCCCAAGCUCCUGGCACAGCAGGGGUUACUGCCACC